AUGGACCAUACGCAGACUUUUCGCUCCUUACUCAGUCCCGCCCAACUACAAUACUUGUCCACCACUACCCCAGUCUACUACACCCCUCGGCCGUCGCUAGUCCCCUGGCUUCCUGACUAUUACUUCGCUCUCGCAGCCCCGGUCAUAGUCUACUGGGUAGCCUCUCUUUUCUUCCAUGUCCUCGAUACAUCGGAUUGGAAGUGGUUGGACAAAUACCGUCUUCAUGACUCCGCCGAGAUGAAAGCUCGGAACCUUGCGACCCGCAUGCAGGUCAUCCGAGCUGUUCUCUUCCAGCACUUCGUACAGACAGUUGCAGGCAUAUGGUGGAUGGAGGUGUCUGUAGCUGGAGCCGAUGUCGAUCAUGUCGGGGCCAUGGAACAUCUUGCGCGCACUCUGAUGUUCGUGGCCCGAUGGACUCUCGGAGAAAAAACUAGCGGGCGGAUGCUAGAGACGAACGGCGCAGAAAUUCUCUAUUGGCUUUAUUGGUGGGCUAUACCUGCGACGAAGUUGCUACUGGGCAUGUUUAUCAUCGACACAUGGCAGUACUUCCUUCACCGAGGCAUGCAUUCCCAUCCGUAUCUCUACAAGAAGAUACACUCGGUGCAUCAUAGGCUUUACGUCCCGUAUGCCUUCGGCGCGCUAUACAACCAUCCCUUGGAGGGAUUCCUUCUUGACAGUGUUGGCGCGGGUUUUGCCGAGGCAAUUGUCGGCCUCGCCGUUAGAGAGACUGUGAUACUGUUCUCCCUAUCGACUCUGAAAACUGUGGACGAUCACUGCGGAUACAACUUGCCGUGGGAUCCGCUGCAAAUUAUCUUUGGCAACAACGCUGAUUACCAUGAUAUCCACCAUCAGAGCGUUGGAAUUAAGUCCAAUUAUUCACAGCCGUUCUUCAUCCAUUGGGACGUCCUUCUCGUACUGCGACUAGAGUACCACACUUUCCUGACCACCAUCAGUUCACCGUUCCCUUUUGCGAUGCAGUCGCAACCCACAAACGCGACCCAAGCCAAAGACAGGCAUUACAUGCAGUUAUCGCACAGCCUGACGCGUCUUUCGCAGUCUAUCGGACGCACGGCUGAACUAUGCGAGUCGCUGAAGCUUAACCUCGACGCAAUGCGCACUUUAGCUGCCACCCAUGCUGCACAGUUCAUGACCGUCGCAGCAGGGCUGAGCGCUGACCCUGAGCAGGAGGGCAUGGACAGUGCAGAAUAG